AUGCUGAAAAAAAAGGUGACAAGAAAGACGGAUAAAAAAACAGUCAAAAAGAAAAAAAGCGGAAAGAGCGAAGACGGCCCGGGCUAUUCUCCGCCGAAUAAGAAGAAAAGGGGCGAUAAGAAGAAGUGGGACGGUGGAGGCGACACUUGCUACGAAAUGGCCAAAAAGUACGACCCUUACAAGAAGAAGGAAGACAAGAAGAAAAAAGACGACCCUUGCAAAAAGAAGGAAGACAAGAAGAAAAAGGACGACCUUUGCAAGAAGAAGGAAGACAAGAAGAAGAAGGACGACCCUUGCAAGAAGGACAAAAAGAAGAAACACGACGAAGAUUGCAAGAACAAGGACUCCGGCAGAAAUGAUCCUUGCAAAUGCAGCGCUUUAGGAAAUUCCGGUAACACGAAGCUCGAAGAUCCGUGCCAUAAGGACAAUCCUUGUCACAGGCCAAAGGAAAUCGGUGCCGACGACUGUAAAAAGAAACAAGUAGAUGAUUUUUGUAAACGGGACAGGGAUAGAAGAGGCACGAAACGGAAGGUUUGUUGCAACGUGAGGAAAACAAACUCGAUGGACCAAAUUCGGGCCAAGUCAGACGCUGCGAAAAUCAAAGCUAUGAGUUCGUGUCCCGAGUUGGGCAAAGACGAAGACGACGAAGACGUAGAGGAAGAACACGACGUGGAAGUGGAAGAUGAUGUGGAAGACGGGACCAUGAAGGCUGAACAAGCAGGAGGGGACGAAGUUGCACACCCGGAUAUUCUAAAAGAGGUUGACAUUCUCGAUUCGGAAAAAUUAGCGGCGGCUGAACAACUAGGCGACAAAUACAAAAAUAAGGAAUAUUACGCGUUUAAUAAGACCGCCUUCUACGAUAUGCAAGUGUUCAUGACGGACCAACGUACUACGAAACCAGAAGCGAGCGAAGCGUCGGACAACGAAACCCGUGGUAACUAA